AUGGUGUGCCCCAAAUUCAAGGCAAAAAAGCCGGCCGAUCGUAAGAGCGCGGUCGAAGCUCACGGACUAUGUUUCAACUGCCUUGGUCGUCAUCGACUUAAUGACUGUUCGUCGAAGCGGACGUGCUCGGUGUGCUGUGCCAAGCACCACUCGUCGUUGCAUGACGCCUACCGCGGUCCCGUGGAAGCGCCUCCCGUUACCACCGCCCAUUUCAGCCACAAUCGGGCCGCGACUAAAUCCGCCGUGCUGCUGGACACUGCGCGAGUGCGGCUGACGGACAGAUUCGGUGCGCAACACCCCGUUCGCGCGCUAAUCGACCAGGGCUCCGAGUCGUCUUUCGUGACCGAAUCCUUAGCGCAGCGAUUGCGGUUGCGGCGCUCGACAUCGGUUGUGCGCGUGUUCGGAGUAGGAGGACAUCAGACGGGCACCACGAAGGGGUCCGUGACAGUGACCAUGUCGCCAGUGGACGGCGAGGUGUCGUAUCGCGUACAUGCUCACAUCUUACCUCGGCUGACGGAGUACUGCGGUGGCAGGCGGGUGAGCACUAGCUCCUGGGCCCACCUCUCAGGCCUGUCGCUGGCUGAUCCUGAGUUUUCAGCAGACGAUCCCAUCGAGCUGUUGCUCGGAGUAGAGAUCCAUUCUGCCAUCAUCCAACAGGGGUUGAGGAAGGGCGGCCCCAAGGAACCUGUUGCACAAAAUACCACAUUAGGUUGGCUCAUCUCAGGCAUCACGACCGAUGAGACCAAAGCCAGUACCGUCAGUGUGAAUCACUGCCAUGCCGAAGAUGACCUCACUGCACUGGUACGACGAUUCUGGGAGCAAGAGGAGCUGCCACAGACACCUGCUCCUCUCAGCCCCGACGAAGAAGAGUGCGAAGACAUAUUCCGGCGCACUCACAUACGCUCCCCCGAGGGCAGGUACAUUGUACGGCUCCCGCUGAGACAACCAUUGCCAGACCUCACGGGAACCGGCAGGACCGCGGCGCGAAUGCUGGUACGCCUGGAAACUCGGUUCGCUCGGGAUAGCACUCUAGAAGUCAUGUAUAAAAACUUCAUGAAUGAAUAUGAAUCCUUGCAGCACAUGUCACGGGUGGAGCUGGACGGUAACAUUUCUGGUUGCUACCUUCCCCAUCACGGCGUGCUCAAGGAGGCAAGCACCACAACAAAACUUCGCGUGGUCUUCAACGGAUCUUCCCCCGUGGCAAACGGAGAGACGCUGAAUGACCAUUUGCUAGUGGGACCAAAUUUGCUGCCAGCAUUGUUCGACGUCCUGUUGCGGUGGAGGUGGCCUCGCUACGUCAUCGCCGCAGACAUCGAAAAGAUGUACCGCCAGAUCCAGGUACAUCCAAGCGAUCGCAACCUGCAACGUGUCAAAUGGCGAGACAAUGCACACGAGGACAUGCGGGAUUACACUCUCAACACCGUAACUUACGGACUGGCAUGUGCACCCUUUCUCGCCAUCCGGACCCUCAAGCAGUUGGCUGCGGACGAGGAGGCACGCUUCCCAGUGGGAGCGGCGGCACUUCGUCGAGAUUCGUACGUCGACGACAUCCUCACUGGAGCUUCAACCCUCAGUGAGACACUCAGAAUUCGAGAUGAGCUGAUCGGGAUUUGCAGGGCGGGCGGAUUCCCCCUGAAAAAGUGGUCCGCAAACACUGCUGAGCUUUUGGCGGGUCUUCCGGAUCUUGAUUUGUUUCAGAGUACUCACCGUUCCUGGCAGCCCUCGGAGUCACACGCGAUGCUCGGCGUGCAGUGGCACCCAAACAGCGACCACUUCUCCUUCUCCGUCAAGGAGGAAAGCUCUGCGGCUGCCUCCAAGAGAGCCAUCCUGUCACGCGUGGCCCAGCUGUUCGACCCACUGGGGUGGAUUGCACCAGUCACUGUGCGAGCCAAGCUGUUCAUCCAGACGGCCUGGCUAAGAGGCCUCGACUGGGACACCCCUCUCGCUGAGGGAGACCAGGAUGAUUGGCAACAAUUCCAAAGGGAGCUACCCCUCUUGGGCGCUCUCCGGAUUGAUCGUUGGCUGUGUCAUGGAGCAGCUGAGCACUCGAUAGAAGUCCAUGGCUUCGCUGACGCAUCAGAGAGGGCUUUCGCAGCGGUACUGUACUUGCGAGCUAAAACAGACGACAAUAAGUUCAGGGUAACCUUGAUGUGCGCCAAGUCCAAGGUCGCUCCUAUCAAGCCGGUGUCCUUACCUCGUCUGGAGCUUUGCGCCUCGCACCUCUUGGCGCGGCUCACCGCGCACGUUGUGCGCACGCUGGGACUCCAGGCCCCCAUCCACCUGUGGUCCGACUCCACCAUCGCGCUGACGUGGAUCACUGCACAUCUGUCCCGCUGGAAGACAUACGUCGCGAAUCGAGUAGCGGACAUACAAAGCACUGUCCCGUCGGCCCGCUGGCAUCACAUUGCAGGGAAGGAGAAUCCCGCGGACUGCGCGUCUCGAGGCCUUGCUCCCGGCGCGCUGUCAACCUUCGGACUAUGGUGGCACGGACCAUCGUGGCUGUCGUCUUCUCCAGGACCCUGGACGACGCACACGAUGACUGAAACCGCUGCUGACGUGCCCGAACAACGGAGGCUUCCUGUCACAUCGCACGUGGCCACCGCGGCUGAGCCUGACCUUCUGCGACGGUACUCGUCGUUAUCACGGCUGUUGCGCAUCACGGCUUGGUGUAGGCGAGCCGUGUGCAGGCUCCCUUCCGUGGUCGGCGAGGAACGGGAUGAGGCGACAGGGAGUGAGGUACGCCCGUUGACAGCUGCUGAGUUGGAGGCCGCCCUGAAGGCCUGGAUCCGGGUGGUGCAGUCUGGAUUCUUCAAGGAUGCCUUGAACACCCUACAAGCAAGGCACUGA